AUGGACAAAGGCAAGAGCACCGCUGCUACUAGCUCUGAAGCCAUGUGGGUGUCGGCCAAGGAGCUCUUCGGCAUCGAGUCGUCAGACAGCGACGAGGAUCGGCGCUCGGCGACGUCGUCGAAGGGCCCCGCCCCCGCGAGCGGCGUGGACGAGGGCGCCAGCUCCUCGGCAACCGGCGCCGUUGGCGCGUCGUCAAGCAGCGCGCCCGCGCAGACGCAGGAUGUCGCGCCCUUCGAAGACGGGCAGUACGUGCGCCUCCGCAACCGCGGCCGCGGCGGGUACCUCUUCGCCAACGAGGACGGGCGGGGCGUCUCCAUCGACCACCGCCGCCACAUGGUCAACACGGCGUGGGCCGUGCAGGUCCUCAGCGCGCGCGUCCUCCUCCGCGGCGCCUACGGCCGGUACCUCUCCGCCACGCGCAGCGCAGCGCGAUCCGGCCACAUCGGCGGCUACGUCGCGCAGUGCAUCCUCGAGUUUCCGGACGACCACCACAUCGAAUGGUCGGUCACUAGGGGGAAGCGCGGCAGCGUCGUGCUCCUCCGCGCCACGGACGGUGGCCCGUGUAAGCUCCGGGCGAACGGGCGGUACCUGCGGUGGAACAAGGGCGUCACCUACGGCGGCGGCGGCCUCCACAUCGCCAUGGUGGCCUGGGUGGUGGCGGUGUCGCGGGUGGAUACGGACGGCCCCCCGGAGGAGGAGGCGGACGGCCACCUGGAGGCGCAACCACCCUGGAACUCGUCAACGCCACCCCCACCUCGCUCGACUGCCACCCACCCAGGCGCUACCCCUUAUGGCCGCACCCCCGACGGCGCUAGCCCAACUGCAUCCGGCAUCUCAGACGGGGCAUCCGACGUGAAGGACCUGGAUCUUCCUGUAGAUGGGGUUUGA